AUGGGUGAAGAGGGAGAAGAGGUGUCAAUAGAGAAGGAACAAAGCAUUGGAGUUUAUGCAAAUGAGUGGUUCUAUGAUCCGCGGUUUGCACUCAUGAAGAGACUUGGCAGCUCCGAUUCUCUGGGUGCUCUCAUGACCAUUUGUCCACCAACAGACGAACACAGUCCGAGGAACAACCACGUGUAUGGCAGGGAGUUCCAGUCCAUGCUGGAAGGACUAGACGAUGAAGGGUGUGUGGAGGAACCGGGACACCACGCCGAGAAGAAACGAAGACUUAGCGUGGAUCAAGUGAAGGCUUUGGAGAAGAACUUCGAAGUAGAGAACAAACUCGAACCUGACAGAAAGGUGAAACUGGCACAAGAACUUGGCCUGCAACCAAGACAAGUUGCGGUUUGGUUCCAAAACCGUCGAGCCAGAUGGAAAACAAAGCAAUUGGAAAGAGACUAUGGAGUCCUCAAAGCCAAUUAUGAUUCCCUCAAACUCAACUACGACACCCUCCAACAAGACAACGAAGCCUUACUCAAAGAGAUAAAGGAAUUGAAAUCAAGGUUGCUGCUGCAAGAAGAGAGCAACAAUGAAAGCGAUGUUUCGGUGAAGGAAGAGAUGAUAACGCUGCAAGAUAGUAACCCACUUUGUGAAACCGCCAUUCCUGGAUCCGAGUCUAAGGAUUUGAGUUACGAAUGUUUUAACAAGAGUGAUGAUAUUUUGGGGGGUUUCAAAGACGGUUCUUCCGACAGCGACUCCAGCGCGAUCUUGAACGAAGAGAUUGCGAACAACAACGACAACAGUCCCAACAACGCGACGAAUUCAUCUUCUGGGGUUAUGCAAAGUCAGAGUUUUUUGUCGUCGUCUUCUCCGAUGAACUGUUUCCAGUUCCAGAAACAGUUUCCGACGCAGUACGUGAAGAUGGAGGAGCAUAACUUUCUGAGCGCGGACGAGGCGUGCAAUUUCUUCUCGGAUGAACAAGCGCCCACGCUGCAGUGGUACUGUUCAGAGGAGUGGAGUUAA